UAUAGCUCACGCCGACCGACUCUCCCCUCCCUCCGCCGAUCUCAGCCAUUCCCCUCCUUCGAGCGACCCCAAAUCGCGUUCCUCCGCCGCAUCUCCUUCCCCUCCUCCCCCUCUCCGUUGGCCUCCUCUCUGUGGAUAUCUCCCGCCUCCUCCGCCGCAGAUAAGCCCAAAUCCCCUUCCUCCUCCUCCUCAAUGCCCCCUUCAAAGCCCUCUCCCUCUCCCCCGCCGCCGCCCCAGACGCCCACUGCCUCUUCUCCCUCUUUCUUUCUCCCGAUUCUUCACUCUGUAAUAAUUAUUAAAUUAAGAAAGGAAUUAAAUUAAAAGAAGGAAUGGAGAAGGGGGAAAGAAAUGGGGCUCCCGAACCGACUCCACGACGCCUCCAGCGACUCCAUCCCGAUCCUUCUCGUCGUGGCGGCCGCCGGGUGGGUCUCCUACCUCCGCUCCCUCCUCCUCUGCCUCCUCCACUCCCUCGGCCUCCAACGCCUCCACCCCUCCUCCGCCGCGGCCGACGAUCCCCUCUUCUCCGCUGCCGGGUCCGGCCUCGCCGGACUCGUCGUCGUGGCCUCCUCCGGACGCCCCUUCGCCUACGAGGCCUUGCCGUCGGCGGCCGCGGAGGGGGAACGAGAUGAGCCGGGCUACGUGGUGUGCCUCUUCGAGCUCGCCGACGGCGACCGGCUUCGGCGGCUGGAUUUGAGUAACAGGUUCAUGAAGGCACUGCACCUCUUUAAAGUGAUGCAACUGGAGAAGAGUGCAAAGCCCAUUGGGUUGGUGGAUGAAGGGUGCAGGGUUGUUGGAAGAGGCAGAAGGGAUCGUCAGAAGCAUGACAAUGAAGCCAGAUGUGAUGCAGAAGACAUUAGAGAAUUUCAAGAACAUUAUCCUAUUAUCUUCGCCACAGGUUUAAGACUUGGAGGAUGGAUACUUGCCGAUGAAACUGGGACAGAGUUAGUAUUGAAAGAGAGACCUGGAUUUUGACUUCAAUCCAUUUACAGAAAAUAGAAUUUUCUUCAGCCAUCUUGCUUUCUCUUAGUGCUGGUUAUUUUAUCCUCCCUUCUUGAUCUGGCCAUAGCUGUGGACAUGUUGUACUCCUAAUGUUUAUAGUCAUCAUCUGACCAAAGAUAUUUAUAUACUACAAACAAGAGAAGUUCAUGGUUCUGUUGGUUCUUCUGGUGGUCCUGAUGUGGUGCUGACGGUCCUACUAUAGUUCUCAAAAAGUAAUUGAUCCUUAGGUCUACCUAAACCAUCUUUUUAGCUUUAUAAUUAGCAUCUAAUUUUGCAAUUAUCAUCUGACACAGGACAUUUGUACUAAUGCACUAUAAAGUAAUGUAUGAGAGAACUCUCAUGUAGCAAUGAGUUGUUGAUGCUCUGCACAUUGCUAUUGAUGCU